GCAAUAACACCGUCAAAUCUUACCCCGCCUUUAACUUACAUGUACCUUUGAAAGUAUCCUCUGUACAAAAGACCCGUAACUUGAACCUUCCCCUCUUCAUCCUCUCGACUUACAUAUAACGUCACUUAGCCUGCCGUAGAAUUGAAAGCAGCCUCUCUCAUCUCGCAAUAUAUAUUAAGUACAGUUUCACAGGUCGACGUGACAUACAUAUUUUUUACCCCGUCCAUUGAACAGACAUCUUUAAUACCACCAUGCCUCUAUCCGUGCAGCUGAAGACGCCAAUCACUGGCGAGUAUACUCAGCCAACUGGCUUGUUCAUCAACAACGAGUGGGUUGAGGGCGUUGACAAGAAGACCUUCGAGGUUAUCAACCCCUCUACCGAGGAGGUCAUCUGCUCCGUGAGUGAAGCCACAGAGAAGGAUGUCGACAUAGCAGUAGCCGCAGCCCGAAAAGCAUUCAACGGCUCGUGGCGUAAAACUACUCCUCAACAACGAGGUAUCUACCUGAUUAAACUCGCGGAUAUUCUAGAGAAGAAUGCGGAUCUAUUAGCUGCAGUUGAAUCCCUCGACAAUGGAAAAUCUAUUUCUAUGGCUAGGGGUGACGUAAGUGCCGUUGUUGGCUGCAUCAGAUACUAUGGUGGUUGGGCGGACAAGAUCGAGGGUAAAACCAUUGACAUCAACCACGAAUCUUUCCAUUACACCAGGCAAGAACCGCUUGGAGUGUGUGGUCAAAUUAUCCCCUGGAACUUCCCUCUGUUGAUGUUGGCCUGGAAAAUCGGGCCCGCUCUUUGCACCGGAAACACAGUUGUUCUCAAGACUGCCGAGCAAACGCCACUCUCCGGCCUCGUUUUCUCUCAGUUCGUCAAGGAGGCAGGUUUUCCCCCUGGUGUUCUCAACAUCAUCUCCGGAUAUGGAAAGAUAGCUGGUGCCGCUAUCGCUUCCCACAUGGACGUCGACAAGGUCGCAUUCACCGGUUCCACCAUUGUCGGCCGUACCAUCAUGAAGGCCGCCGCAGCUUCUAACCUCAAGAAGGUUACCUUGGAACUCGGUGGCAAGUCACCAAACAUCGUCUUCGACGAUGCGGACAUUGAGCAAGCAAUCUCCUGGGUUAACUUUGGUAUCUACUACAACCACGGUCAAUGUUGCUGUGCUGGGUCUCGAGUUUACGUACAAGAGGGUAUCUACGAUAAGUUUAUUGCAGCGUUCAAGAAGCGAGCAGAGGAGAAUUCCAUCGGCGACCCCUUCGACGAGGGCACAUUCCAGGGCCCGCAGGUCAGCAAACUUCAAUAUGACCGCAUCAUGGGAUAUAUUGAGGAGGGUAAGAAGGGCGGUGCUACCAUUGAGACAGGUGGUGAGCGUCACGGAGAGAAGGGCUACUUCAUCAAGCCAACAAUCUUCACCAAUGUCACUCAUGAUAUGAAGAUCAUGCAAGAGGAGAUCUUCGGUCCUGUCGUAGCAGUAGCCAAGUUCAAGACGGAAGAGGAAGUUGUACAUCUAGGUAACGAUAGUACUUACGGACUGGCAGCUGCCGUACACACCAGCAACCUCAACACCGCUCUCCGAGUCAGCAAUGAGCUACGUGCCGGUACUGUCUGGGUUAACAGCUAUAACCUCCUUCACCACCAAUUGCCAUUUGGUGGUUACAAAGAAAGUGGAAUCGGCCGCGAACUGGGCGAGGCAGCGCUCGCCAACUAUACGCAAAACAAAUCAGUAUCCAUCAGGCUGGGUGGCGCGAUGUACUAGGCGGUGGGUGUCGAAAUUCAUUUUUCAAAUCAAAUAUCAAAGCGUGCUUUCGGGAUUAUCCAAUAACCAUUCUUUCUCGUGUGUAUCUCAACACCUGUUGCCUUUAAGAGCAUGAUUAAGAGGUCGUGGGAGAACUAGUUCCUACGUGUAUCAACAUUAGCUAUAUUGACUAGCUAGCUUACCGUGGCGUAUAUCUGUCCAUUGGUGCAAUAUGAAAGUUAACUGAACG